AUGCGGGAUCCCGACGUCCCUGGGCCGCGGCGCCCCACGCACCUGCGGGCAGGGGCGGCCGGGGUGGACGUCCCCGCACGCUCCAGAUGUCGAGCUGACCGGCCGGGGGGAUGUCUGAACAAGGCUUUGGAUGCUCACCUGCCGCUGCUCUUAAAUGUGUGGGGAGGGUUAGCUCUGCCUGGUGUUUCAGCGCACCCAAGGGAGUUCUUUGGGACACUUCAGGUGGUCAGGUACUACAGUAACAGCCCUGUAAACAGUGCUCAGAUAAGCUGUUUUGCACCAAGCUCCUUUUCCUGGAGACAAGCUGCUUACGUGGACUCCUAUUGCUGGGCAGCUGUGCAGCAAAAGCAACCGUCCCAGAACAACUUAGAAAACAUUCCCCUGUGGCUUCAUAAAUUUUUCCCAUACAUCCUUCUGCUGGUUGCUAUCCUGUUGUAUCUACCAUGUUUGUUCUGGCGCUUCACUGCAGCACCACACCUUUCUUCAGACCUGAAAUUUAUUAUGGAAGAACUUGACAAAGCCUAUAACAGGGCAAUCAAGGCUGCUAAUAGCAUUUGUUGUGCAGACCCCAAGGACCCUGCUGACUUGGUUCCAAGUGUUAAUGAAAACUUGACGCAGAGUUUGUGGGAAAUAUCUGAAAGCCACUUCAAAUACCCAAUUGUGGAGCAAUACCUGAAGACAAAGAAGACUUCCAAGUGUCUAAUAAUCAAAUAUAUUAUCUGUCGUUUACUGACCCUAGUCAUUAUUUUCAUUGCAUGCCUCUAUCUGGGCUAUUACAUUAGCCUCUCCUCUUUGAGUGAUGAGUUUCUCUGCACUAUCAAAACUGGAAUCUUAAAGAAUGACACAACUGUUCCAGAAAAGGUUCAAUGCAAACUUAUUGCUGUUGGCGUCUUCAAGGUACUUAGCUACAUUAACUUGAUAGUCUAUCUUCUAGUGAUGCCUCUGGUUGUCUAUGCAAUGUUUGUUCCCUUCCGAUGGAAUUCAGGUAUUCUUAAAGUGUAUGAAAUCCUGCCAACUUUUGAUGUUCUGAAAGUUAAGUCAAAAUGUUUUGAUGACUUAAGCCUUUACCUCCUCUUUCUUGAGGAAAAUGUAAGUGAACUUAAAUCAUUUAAAUGCCUCAAAGUGCUGGAGAACAUUGCAGUUUCUGAGAAGUUUGAUGUCAUGCAACUUUUGAAAAACCUUGGUACUAUUAAGACAGAUACUGUAGAUGGGAAGCCAUUGCCGGAGAAGCCUGAAGAAAAAAGUGUAGAAGAGCUAGAAAAAGACACAACAGAGCUACAAGUUCUGACAGACCAUGAUGCAAGUGGCAACACGAGUCCAAGAGAAGAUAAAAGGCUUCGCCAAAGACUUAUAGAUUCUUCAUGCUGAUGCCUUCCAAUUGCAGCAGGCCGGAGCUUUGUGUAACAAGAGGGCUUCUCUGCCUUCACUGCAUUGGACACAAGAUGUUGUUCUGAAUGCAACUGUCUUGAUGUCCUGACAAUUUUUCAGAGGCCAAACUGGUUUGCAGACUACUUGUUAUAUAAUAAUCAUCAAUUUUGGACCUGAAAAACCAUUUUAGAGACUCAUUAUUUAUUAAAAAACAACAAGAACAAAAAAAUCUCUAUUAUGGGUAAUAGAUGGAGUGCACUGAAUGCAUUUAAAGCUGCCAUCAGAUACCGAAAAGAGAUGGUGACAUUGCACUGAGAAAUGUCUCUCUGUUGGUUAUAUGGGAUUCCAUACUGAAAGUAUUUAACUGGUCCCAUGAAUUCAGGAAGGCAAAAUAUCCAAUCUGGGUAAGGGGGGAACCAAGGGAGGCAGCCAUCUCAGUUCUGAUGUUUACAUGUGGCAUUUGGGGAGCUCUCUGCCCUAUGAAAGUUAACUUUUUUAAUAUUAGUUCUGUUCAUCCGUAUAUCAGUUGGUGGCUGGCCACUGGAAUACUGACUGCCUCUUCACAGGAAAGGUAAAGGUUGCUGUGUUCAGCUUUUUUUGUAAUAACAGCAAGGGAGAAAUCUGAUUCACCUAGAUUAGUGGAGAUGUCUUGAUUAGUCAUCUCCACAGUGAAGUGUUAGAUUACUUCCUUGGCACUGAUGGAAUAAACUACACACAGUCUUAGUAUAAAGGAGUAGUGCAGAUUCUAGAGAUUUUGAACUUUCUGUGUAUUCAUAAAAGAAAAAUAAUGUCUUAACACGGGUUUUACAAAAUUGAUGGCAUAUAAGCUGAAGUUCUGUUAAUUUCUAUUUCUCAGUUGAUUUGUUCUUAAUGAUUAACAAAUCCUUCCUGGAGAUUAGAUGGAAGAUCAGUGACAUUUGUUCCAUUUUUGUAAUGGUUUGUAGAAAUUGCUUUUUAAGGUUUGUAAGUGUGGAACUUGUUUUAAUGUUUGUAGCAUCAAACACAACAUUAAUUGUGCUGUCUUCCAAAAUACACCUGAGAAGAUUUAUUUGAAUCAUAGUAGCACUCGAGUGUCUCGGCAGAGCUAAGCACCCUGUAGCCAAAGGGAGGGAAAUGUAAAUAUGAUGAAAGGUUGUUCUUCCCAGGCACCCUGUGACUUAAUUUUAAAGAUAAGAUGCUGAAGUGGGACAAACAAAAGAAGGAGUACUUGUAAGUUGAAAAACUGUCCUAGUUUAGUUUUGUUAUUGUGCUGUUUAUGGAGAGCAGCAUUCAGCGUUGAUGUAUUCUCCCCACCUUCCAAGACCUCUACUUUCAAUGAACAUUAAAAUGAUCUUUGUCAUGAAUUUUAGAUACAAGGUUGAGAGGAUGGGGGUUUAAUCACCAGAAUGGCUAUGUGUAUCCUUCACAAAUGUUAUAUGGUGACUGUUUUUUCCGUAAUCUCUAUGAUACUGUAAUUGAAAUGUCUUGGCUACCUCUUCCAAGCUGUCUCUUUAGACAAAGUAGUGCAUCUUUUAUAGCUAGGUAAACUUUCCAUUUUCCACUCCAUCUGUGUCAUCCACUGUUUUGUUCUUAAAAGGUUAGCAUUCUCAAUAUUACUGAGAAUGAGGGAAGAUAGAAGUAACCAGCAGAACUUUUGCACAGAACUGUUGAUCUUUAUGUGCUGUAACAGAUUUCAAGGAGAUAAUGCACCUACUUGAAUUUGGCAGCUGCUCUUAAACAGGUGGAUCCCUAAGUGCUGCCAUAAUAUACAUUGUGCUAGCAUUAUAAGAAUCCCUUGGCUAUUAGAUGACUUUCAGCUAAGAUAAGCCUUAUUUAAUAGAAAGUGUGUAAAGUCAUAAUAUUAUGCUACCUCUUUUCAUACGACAGUAGCAUGGUUGCAGUCCUAAUAUCUGUUAAAUUACCAGCCAGAAACAGCGCUUAUGUCAGACAGUGGUGGACUGAACUCCUACGUUUUCCUGUAUACUUCUCCCAGCAAACCUACUACCGCUCUGACUUUUUUUAGAUCAUUUCUGUCUAGCUGUGAUGAUGUGUUGCUGGUAGGCCUUUACGUGUGAGUAAUGGAAAUGCAUUUCUCUAGCUUGGUUUAUUGUGGCCAUGAACAUGUAAUCUAACAUGAAUCUAUAUAGCCAGGCCUAGCCACACAGUUCCCCUUAAUAGCUGAUGAGGCUUAAUAGUGGCCCAAUCUCACGGGGUAGCUUCCAUAAAGCUCUCUAAUGUGAUUGUACUGUGAUAGGUCUUUGUGUUUUGGAGAGAGAAGUAUGCAAAUACUUUUAAAAGAAAGCAAGCCUCCCUUCCCUGUACUAUCUGAUCGUGUUUACCACUGACUGGUGAUUCCAGUACAGACAAACACAUGCUGUUGUUCUGAAGUGAAACUUACUUGGUUAUCUUCACAUUGUGCAUUGCAUGUUCUGUAAAAGGAGCAGGAGCAGCAUUGCAAUAUUGCAAUACUAAGAUUUUGUGAUGUGGUUGUGUUUGAACUGUUUGAUAUAAGUAAUGAGUUCUUAGUCUUUGAAACUUGAAGCUCCUGAAAGUGACAUGUUUGUGUUUCAUGUUGGAUGUGGACAUUACCUUUACUAAUUCCCUGUUUGUAUUUAAAAAUGUGACUUACUGCAGUGAAUCUCUUGUUGUCUUCUAAAGUGCUCAGUAAACUGUGUGCUGAU